CUAUCUGGCGGGCACACUGAUCCGCACCCACCUGAUCCCCCUAGCUCGUUGCAUCAAGGACGCCUGCGUCGGUAACGUAGACGAGCUCCCGACCUAAAGCGGUUGGCUGCUUCUCGUCAGUACGCCGUCGACCGUCGAAGGUUGCUGGUCUCUGCUCCGGUGUUUUCGUUCGUUGAGACUCCGCUCGCGGAAAUUCGUCGCUUAGACCGGUGUGACAGAGGAGUUUUUUUUUGUGUACGAAGUGACCGCGAGGAUCGUUGGGUCGAUCCUUGCUGCAGAUCGGUGAGGUGUUCUAUUCUGCAAGCGGAGGCUGCUUCCUCCUAUUUAAGGACUGGUAUCCGGACUUCGUCGCGCCGCGCCGGUAGGAUCCUUUCCUGGGUGUUUCCUUCCUAUUUUUACGACAGCGAGGAAAUCUGUGUGUCGAUCAUCGAAAAACGAUUGGCUGCCUUUUUUUAACGGGGAUACCAUUAAUCGAUGAUUCGCUCGUAGCCGGUUCUCGUUCUUCUACUCCGAGAAAGUCGUGACGAGAACGGAUUGGGCGGGGAAUCCCGGUAUCACACAGGAUCGAGGAUUCUGUCUGCCGAACGUGUAUUCAGAUGUAGCUGAGAGGUCGGAGUGUUCCUCUCGACAUCUUAAAGGUUGGAUCAGUGCGUUUUUGGAAUUUGUGAUCAGAAUGAGCAAGGCGAUUUUCAACGUGGCAUCUGGCGACAUUUCGGAUCUCAUGACGAAGAACAAGCAGCGAUAUAAAUGGCGUUUGCUGGCUUGCGGCAUUGUCCUUAUAAUCGUGCUGGCUCUGGUGAUCGCGGCGGCGAUUCUUCUGACCGGCAGUCCGGAUUCCACUGCGUCCAGAACGAACGGUGCAGCCGGUAUUUCCUUGGAGGAAUGGCUCUCGGGUUCGUUAUCCCCCAAGAGCUUCAACGGCACGUGGAUCAGCGGAGACGAGAUCCUCUACCGUGACGAGAUAGGCAAUUUGUUGAUCUACAAUGUUAGCUCGGCCGCAUCCAAGAUCCUGUUGGACUCCAGCAAUCCCGAUUUACUGUCGAGUUUUGAUCACCAUUUAUCUGCCGAUAGGAAGUACCUAUUGCUCGCUCUCAACUACCAGAAGCUGUAUCGUCAUACAUACCUGGCGCAUUACAGGAUCGUGAACCUAAAGACUCUAACGGAGACGAUAUUGGCGGCGAAUGAAUCGACACCGUUGCAACUCGCGACUUGGGCACCUCGAGACAACGCCCUGAUCUACGUUCACCAAAAUAAUAUCUACUACAGACCAGAGGCAGAAGUGGCUAAUGACUAUCAAAUAACCAACACGGGAGUGUUUGGAACUAUUUACAAUGGAGUACCGGAUUGGGUUUACGAGGAGGAAGUGUUCAGCUCAAAUAAGGCGCUCUGGUUUUCUCCGAGCGGCACUAAAUUGGUCUUCGGUUAUUUUGAUGACUCCAGCACUCCUAUUAUGACUAUACCAUUUUAUGGAUAUCCUGGAAGCUUAUCUUUCCAAUACACAUCGGCGAUACCGAUCCACUAUCCUAAAAGCGGCACAACAAAUCCAACAGUUAAACUAUUUUUCGUUGAUCUCGACAUGGUGGUGCAAGGUAACGUGACUUUGGUGGAGAUCGAACAUCCGCCAGAACUGUCUACCUCCGAAAGGAUUCUGUCAGCGGUGGACUUUCCCACGGACAGUCUCGUAUACGCAACUUGGAUGAAUCGGGUGCAGAAUAGGGCGUAUUUUCAACUCUGCGAUGUCGACAAUCUGCUGCCAAAUUGCACGACGGCGCUUUCAUAUAGCGAAACAAAUGGCUGGGUAGAGCAAUUUGAAGCGCCUACAUUCAGCGAGGAUGGUAUGUCAUUUCUUCUGAUAUUACCGCAAAUACAGAAAAACGGUAGCAAUUGGCGACACGUUGUGCUUGUUACGAAUGCAACCAGCGGCAGGCCGGUGAUCACUGCCCUCACCUCUGGCUAUUUCGUCGUGACGGAGAUAGUAUCCUGGGAUAGGGAGGACUCGUAUCUAUACUACAUAGCUACAUCGGAACGCGAGUCGGCAGUUCAGCAUUUGUACAGAGUGUCAUUGGAUCCAGGAUACAAGUCAACGUGUUUGACUUGUAACAUUAUCAGAGAGAGUGAUGGCAGCCGCUGUUUGUACAACAGUGCUAAAUUCUCCAAUGACAAUUCGCAUUACGUGCUCACUUGUGCCGGGCCUGGAGUACCUGAUAUAGCUAUCUACAAUAAGAAUACCACGUUGCUUUCCGUGUGGGAGGACAACAAUGUAGUAAGUGAUAUAAUAGUGCAAAGAUCGCAGCCGAUCGUCCGUCGAUACAAAGUCCCAGUUCCUGGUGGCUUUAACGCCCAGGUGAGACUCUUAAUACCACCUGGUGCUGAUAUGAGCGGUGCCACCAAGUAUCCCAUGCUGGUUUACGUGUAUGGUGGCCCGGAUUCGUAUCAGGUGACAGAAAAAUUUAACAUUGAUUGGGGCACGUAUCUUGUAACAAACAAAAGUAUUAUAUAUGCUGCCAUCGACGGUCGCGGCUCCGGAUUAAUGGGUAAUGACAUGCUGUUCGCCGGAUAUCGACGUCUCGGCACUGUCGAAAUUAUUGAUCAGAUCAACGUUACCAGGCAUCUGCAGGACAAAUUGCUCUUCAUUGACCGUACCAGAACGGCGAUAUGGGGCUGGAGUUAUGGUGGAUACGCGACCGGCAUGACGCUCGCUAUGGACUUAAAAGGUGUCUUCAAAUGCGGCAUGUCCGUCGCACCAGUCACAGAUUGGGCUCUUUAUGAUUCGAUUUAUACCGAGCGGUUCAUGGGUCUGCCGACUGUUACCGAUAAUCUGCAAGGCUACGAACAUGGUCAGUUGCUCAAUAAAGUCGAGAAUAUUAAAAAUAAGAUGUAUUAUUUGAUUCAUGGUACUCUGGAUGACAACGUCCAUUAUCAACAGUCACUUAUGCUCGCGAAGGUGUUGGAGCAGAAAGAUAUACUCUUCAGACAACAGACGUACACAGAUGAAGAUCAUGGUAUCGUCCAGUCGCGAGCGCAUCUAUACCACUCGUUAGAGAACUUCCUGGACGAAUGCUUUCAAAUAUCAUCAUGAUCGGAACACGGGAUAGUAAUGACAAUCUAGACGCUGUACACUACCUGCCUCACACUUGUAAAUAUUUUGUCACGUGUAUAUAAUUUGUGUACGAUAUGUAAUAUGAGCGUUUAGAGAGUGUACAUAGCAGAGUACGAUUGUUGAGGAAGGAUGAGGAGGGGAGAGAAAGAAAAAGAGAGAAAGGGGGGAGAUGGA